CGGAAAAACAACGCUAAACUAGUGAGACGAAUGUGUGUAAUAAACCUGAAAUUAUUAGUGUUUUUUUUCAUAUGGGAAUGUCCAUGCCUCAUCGAGAGACAUUACCAUCCCUUUUCCGGUUGUCCUGACAACACAUUAAGAUACGUUAAUGUUCCAGGAAAAUUAAACAUCAAGAUAAUCUGACAGCGGACAUACACGUUAGCUAAGUAUUCGCUCGCUGACUGAACUGCCUCACCGUUAAUCAUGUGGGGGGAAAUCGACCCUCCGGUUCGAACACAACCGAGUUUGUGUGAAAGUGAAAGUGGAGACGAGAGCGAUUCGCCAGAAGAGCCCGUGACGCUGUCACACAUAUGGGAUUUUAAACGCCCCGCGGAGGCCGAGCGGCCACGACAAGACACCCAGUGCGUGAGCCAGGCGGAGGAGAUCUGUGUCCAGGCCAUGGUGGACGCCUUGGCCGUGAGCGGAAGCCUGGUGAAGAGCCAGCAGAAGGGCGACGCCGAGCUGACCCUGAAGCAGCGCAGAGAGGAGCUGCUGCACCAGUACAGGAGCCGGCCGCUGGUGUUCCUGGAGAGGUACCAUGCCUGCCUCAAGCCCCACGACCUGUCGGUGUUUGCCCACGUCAGCUCAGACCCACGGGUCCUUCACUACAGCGAAGUGAUCCAGAGACGAGCCGCGGCGUUCACCAACAGGACGAGGGUUCGAAACCAGCGCUACGCCGCCCUCAGGGCCCUGCAGAAGGAGGGUGAGUAUUUCAGUGAUGAACAGAUGAGGAUAAGGGAGCCGCUGUUGUAUGAACAAUACAUCGCUCAGUACCUGACCGAUGAUGAGGUGCUGGAGCGCUCCCAGAAUGCCAUGCUGGAGGAGGCGCAGGGGGGACCGGGGGCACCAGCAGGAAGCAAAGGAGGGCUCGCCCACCUCCUCCUCAACUCCUACCAGGAGCGUCUCAUCCAGAAUCGCCUGCACGAGGAACAGGAGAGAGAGGACGGAGCGCGGGAGGAGGACGAGGAGGAGGACGAUGGUUCUUCUGUCCAGCAGAAGCAAUGGGAGCCCACCCCAGAGGAGAAGGCCCUGCUCAGGGAGGAGUUCAUCAGUCAGAUGCACCAGCGCUUCCUCGACGGCAAAGACAAGGAUUUCAACUACAGUGAGGUGGACGAGAACCCAGACUACGACAACUUGGACAUAGUCAGCAGAGAUGCGGAGGAUAAAUACUUUGAAGAUGAUGACGAAGAGGAGGAGGAGGAGGAAGAUGAGGGGGGAAAUGAUGAAGUGGAAAAUAUGACAGAAUAGUGUCUGUAUUAGAAAUAGCAACUCACUGCUUUGAUCGCUCUGUAAAUACAAAUGUACAACAUGA